AUGGGCAAUAAUUGUACCUGUUGGAAACAUGAUUUACAAAAUCAAAUAGAACAAGAUAAAAAAUCUAAACCUAGAUGGCAAAGCCUGGAGUUUUUGAAAUCACAGGAGCAUAAAAUAGUUAAAAUGCAGUCUUGGAUUCGUGGAUGGUAAGCUCGUUAACGAGUUUGGAAGAUUCAAUUGCAGAAAUAUAAUGACAGUGUCAAUGAAUAGUUAAGAACAUAUUCCGUCAGCGUGAUUAAUGUAGGAUCUAGACAGCUAGCUCCAUUCGAUUUUGGCAUUGACGAUAUUAAUGAUUCUCUCGUUCAUUAAAAAGUACUCAAAGCACCAAUGAAAUUAGAAAAUGGGUCCACCUAUUUUGGAGAAUGGAUCAACGAUUUAAGACAUGGCAAAGGAAUUCUAAUUUGCGAUGAUGGUUCAAAAUAUGAAGGUUAUUUUUACUAAGGAAACGCCCAUGGGAGAGGAAGAUUAAUACAUUCAAAUGGAGAAAUCUAUGAGGGCUAAUGGGAGAAUGAUGAAGCUCAUGGUUAAGGUACCUACAUUCAUGAAGAUGGUGCAACUUAUGUAGGAUAGUGGGAGCAUGACUUAUAACAUGGAAAAGGAAGUGAGAAGUGGCCAGAUGGAAGUUUUUUUGAAGGAGCCUAUAAACAAGGCAAAAAGGAAGGAUUAGGAAAAUUUGUAUGGGCAGAUGGAGCAAUUUAUGAUGGAGAAUUUAGAAGCAAUAAUAUAGAUGGGUAUGGUAAAUACACUUGGCCAGAUGGGAAGUAAUAUUUAGGCUAUUGGUAAAAUAACAAAAAAAAUGGUAAAGGUAAGUACAUAUGGCCUGAUGGAAAAGUCUAUGAGGGGGAUUUCGUAUUUGAUCAAAAACACGGUUAAGGAACCUUGAGAUUCCCAGAUGGUAGAGUAUAUGAAGGAGAAUGGUAGUAAGAUAAACAGCAUGGUCGGGCAAUAUUAAAAUUACCUAAUGGCAAAACUUCCUUUGGGGAAUGGAAAAACGGAAUUCGUAUUAAUUGA